UAACCCCUAAAAAAAUUGCAUGUUUUAUUGUUCACAGUUAUUGAUUUAUUUUUUGUGAUUUAGAUUUGUGUUUUCUGAUUUUGAUAUUGGAUGUACAAUGGGUCGAAAAUUAAAAUACAAAGACGUGGUAAAAAAAGGUCCUUCUAUAUCCAAUAAGAAAGGUAAAAAGAGAAACCAAGGUAACAAUUUUAAUAAAAAGAAAACAUACAGUCUUUAUAAAAUUAAGGGAAACUUUAAGAGAAAAUCAAAUCAUAAUGAGGAAGAGGGAGAAUUUAAAAAGUUUAAAAACGAUCAGCCACCAUCACAUAGUCCACAACAAGUUAUAGAGGAAUCUUCAGAUGAUAGUGAUGUAGCCGAAUUUGAAGAUCCAAUAAAACAAUUAAGAGAAACUUUUACAGGAAAAAUUGUUGAUUCUGUUAUUAGUGAGAGUGAUAGUAAUAGUGAGAUAGAGAAUAAUGAAAAUGAAGAUUUAGCAGAACCUGAAGUUUCAGAAUCUGAAGAUGAUAAUAGUGUAUCAGGGGAUGAGAGUGAUAAUGAAAAUAUAUCUUUUAAAGAGGAGUUGAAGAACAGUGAAUUUACUGAAGAAUUAGUUAAUCAAAAUGAAGAAGAUAUUAUUUUCGAUGAUUUAAAGGAUCCUUUUGUUAAUCAUACAAAUUAUGAAUUGCACACUACUCUCCUAGAAUCCUUACAAUCACCAUCAAAUCUAACUGAAUCAAUAUCCAAAUAUUGGACACACCUUGGUAAUGUUAUUUUUCAAAUUCCCAAAUGCAAUAAUGAAGGUUUUUUGAAAACAAAAUUAGAUAAUACAACUUAUGCCAAACUGGGACAAGUCCCUAAGAAAAUAGAUAAAAAUAGUAAACCAGGUGAUAUAUUUAUUAAAUCUCAAAUUUCAAAAAAUAUAAUAAAUGCCAAUAGAAGUUUGAUUAAAGGAGAAACAAUUUUUACUUCCCUGCAGCAAGAGUUAUUCUCAAUUAUCAAUAAUUAUCAAGAUUUGUAUUAUCCAUACAGGACAUUUGAUAAUGCUAAUGAAAUUAGGUUUGUCUAUAGCUUACAUGCAGUAAACCAUGUUUUAAAAACGAGAAUUAAAGUUGUACAUCAUAAUGCAAAAUUAUCUAAGAAGGAUGAUGUUCCUGAUGAAUUUAGAGAUCAAGGUUUAGUGCGACCAAAAGUUUUGAUUGUAGUUCCAUUUAAAAGCUCUGCUCUUAAUAUUGUGAAUACAAUAAUUGAUUUGAUGUUUGCAGAAGAUAAGGGAAAUGUUAUAAAGAAAAACAGAUUUAUAGAGGACUAUUCUGGCAAUGAAUUGAGUUUUCCCAAAAAGAAUCCAAAACCUGAAGAUUAUGAAAAGACAUUUUGUGGAAAUACAGGGGAUGAUUUUAAGAUAGGCAUUUCUGUUACUAAGAAAAGUCUAAAGUUAUAUGCCGAUUUUUAUUCAUCAGACAUUUUAAUAGCUUCUCCAUUGGGUUUAAGAACAGUUAUAGGAGCUGAAGGAGAACCUGAAAGAGAUUUUGAUUUCCUUACUUCAAUUGAACUCUUAAUUCUUGAUCAAACUGAUAUAUUUUUUAUGCAGAAUUGGGAUCACAUUAUGCAUCUUUUUAAUCACAUGCAUCUCAAACCUAAGAACUUACAUGGAACGGACGUUUCUAGAGUGAGACAGUGGUGUUUGAAUUUAUGGGCUAAAUAUUACAGACAAACACUAAUUUUUUCUUCAGUCGUAUUGCCAGAAAUCAACUCAAUAUUUAAUAAAAAGUGUUUUAACUAUGCUGGAAAAGCAAGAGUAUCGAAUCCAGUUCAAGCAGGCUCUAUAAAUCAAGUUUUUAUACAGCUACCUCAUUUAUUUCAAAGGUUUGAAGCAAACAGUCCAACAGAUGCAAUAGAGGCUAGGUUUAAUUUCUUUAUUAACAGAAUUUUGCCUCAGCAGAGAGACAGUUUGAUGAAACAAACUUUAAUUUAUAUACCUAGUUAUUAUGAUUUUGUAAGAUUAAGGAAUUAUUUUAAAAAAGAGGACAUCAGCUUUGUACAAAUUUGUGAAUAUUCCAAGGAAGGAAAAGUUGCGAGAGCUAGAGACAUGUUUUACCAUGGAGAUGCCCAUUUUCUUUUGUACACAGAAAGACAUCAUUUUUAUAAUAGAAUAAGAGUAAAAGGAAUAAGACAUUUAAUCUUUUAUCAACCUCCAAAUUUUCCUCAUUUUUAUUAUGAAAUGAGCAAUUUGAUGCAAGAAAUCAACAUGAAUAAAAAAGUAGGAACUAUGACUAACAUGACUGUAUCUGUGAUAUAUACAAAAUAUGAUGCUUUACAAUUAGCUUCAAUAGUGGGAUCUGAGAGUGCUGCAAAAAUGCUACAAUCAGACAGAAAGGUUCAUAUGGUGGUAACUGGUUCAGAUUAAUAUUUUUUGUAAUUUAUAUUUAUUUUAAUAAAAGACACAAUAUUGGUA